AAAUUCCGCCUGAGACCCUUCACUUUCCGGCUAAGUGAUGGCCGUGGGUUUUCUUCUCCGGCCAUGGACCAUCAUCUUGUCGUGGUUCCUGUUCAUCCCGUCUUCUCCGUUCGCAUCCUCCGCGUCCGACUCAGACGCGCUGUUAAAGCUCAAGCAAUCCUUCACCAACGCGAAUGCUCUGGAUUCUUGGAAACCCGGAUCCGACCCUUGUAGCAAAGAGGGGAAUUGGAAGGGUCUGGUUUGCAACAAUGGCGUCGCCAUGGGUCUUCGUCUCGAAGGAAUGCAUUUGUCGGGGGCGAUCGAUGUGGACGCCUUGCAGGAAAUUAAGGGAUUGAGAAGCAUUAGUUUGAUUAAUAAUUCUUUCUCCGGAUCCAUUCCGGAAUUCAAUCGAUUGGGAUCUUUAAGGGCUAUGUUCUUAUCGGGGAAUAAGUUUUCCGGUAAUAUUGCGUCGGAUUAUUUUGUCAAAAUGGGUGCUUUGAGGAAAGUCUGGCUCUCGGAAAACGAAUUCACCGGUAACAUUCCGGCGUCGUUGGGUCAGUUGUCUCGGCUUAUAGAAUUGCAUCUCGAAAACAAUCAAUUUAGUGGGCGUAUCCCUAAUUUCAAUAAUCAAACCCUAGUUACUCUCAAUUUGGCAAAUAACAAACUUGAAGGGGAAAUUCCUCCCAGUUUGUCAAGAUUCGAUGCAAAUUCGUUUGUGGGAAAUCCAGAUCUUUGUGGAGAAACGUUGGGUGUAAAAUGUGAAAAGAAAGGUGAUAAAUUUGGCAUUAUUGAGCUAGAUUUACGCAGGAAUUAUUACAGAAAAAUUAUGGUUGCUGCAAUUGUUACAUUAGGGGUGAUGCUUCUCAUUGUGGUGAUCAUCUAUGCACUUAGAUGGAGGAAAAAGGAGAAGGAGAGUUUAGAGGUGUUUCGAAAAGAUAGACAGAUUUCGAUGGAGUCGAUUGAAGUGAAGGUUUCAGUGCCAAAGAAGAAACAGGAAGAAGAAUUGAGCAAGAAGAGAUCAGGGUCUAGUCGAAAAGGGUCUCAUAAUAAGGGAGGUGGUGGGAUGGGAGAACUGGUAAUGGUGAACACUGAGAAGGGUGUUUUUGGGUUGCCAGAUUUGAUGAAAGCGGCAGCUGAAGUGCUUGGAAAUGGGGGGUUGGGAUCUUCGUAUAAGGCGAUGAUGGCUAAUGGAGUAGCCGUUGCAGUGAAAAGGAUGAGGGAAAUGAAUGCAGUGGGAAGAGAAGAAUUUGAUGCAGAUCUUAAAAGGCUUGGCAAGCUAAAGCACCCUAAUAUCUUGACUCCUUUAGCUUACCAUUUCCGCAGAGAUGAGAAGUUGUUUGUCUUUGAGUACCUUCCCAAAGGCAGUUUGCUCUAUCUAUUGCAUGGUGAUCGUGGACCAUCACAUUCUGAAUUAGAUUGGCCUGCCAGACUAAAGAUCAUAAAGGGAAUUGCCAAAGGAUUGGACUAUCUUUAUACUGAACUUGCUUCUCUAGAUGUUCCCCAUGGAAAUCUCAAAUCAAGCAAUGUUCUCUUUGGGUCUGACAAUGAGCCACUACUAUCUGAGUAUGGAUUUUGCCCUUUCAUGAACCCUGAUGCACAAGUCUUGUUUGCUUACAAGACCCCAGAAGCUGUCCAAACUGGCAAAGUGACCCCAAAAAGUGAUGUGUACUGUCUAGGAAUUGUCAUUCUUGAGAUCAUAACAGGAAAAUUCCCUAGUCAAUAUCUCAACAAUGCUACAGGUGGGACUGAUGUGGUUCAAUGGGUUGAAUCAGCUAUCUCUGAAGGGACACAGGCUGAACUAUUUGAUCCUGAGAUUGCAAGCUCUGGAAUUUCCAGUGGCAUGGAGGAGCUUCUCCAAAUAGGUGCAGCUUGUUGCCAGAGUAAUCCCGAGCAGCGGUUAGACAUGAAAGAAGCCAUUAAAAGGAUAGAAGGGAUAAAGAUGGAGUGAGGUAGUUCACCGUCUUCCAGCUAGUUGGGGCAAGCGAUUUAAUUUCCUGCAGAUCCUGUGAAGAAAACUUAUCAAUCUCUGAACCAACUAUAUUUAUCUGGAUUAAUUGGGAUACAGAAAGAAUGAGCUGAAGUGAUUUUAAUUUGCUGUACGGUGUGCGGAUCUUAGGUAAAAGAAAAAGGAAAGAUAAAAAGGAUGAAGAAUACCAUACAUUUGUUCAUUUGUUGUAUAAUGUAAAUUAGUACAUUUUAUUCUCUUUUAAUCAACUUGUGAAUUACUU